AUGCCUGCUGCCUCAGCAUCCACCACGCUCCUACCGGCCGCCGGCUCGGCCUCGCCAUCCAUCAGCCGCAAGUCGUCCGCGUCCGCACCGGAAAAGAAAUACAAGUGCCAGUUUUGCAAUCGCGCUUUCAGCAGAAGUGAGCAUCGCAGCAGACACGAAAGAUCGCACACCAAGGAACGCCCCUUCAAAUGCCUCAAGUGUCGCAGCACCUUUGUGCGUCGCGAUCUUCUCCUCCGUCACGACCGUACAGUACACGCAAAGGAUGGUGGUGUGCCGCUCCAAAGCGACACCAAGCGAAGAAGCAACGCGUCUAAACAGUCGCCUGAAGUCGCCCCGCCGAAGCUUCCCAUGGGCAUGGAGCAAGCAACCAUCGAGCAGAUGAGUGCCGAUGAUGGCUUCUUUGGUGUUGAGGAAGCCGCCAUGCUGAUGACCAACUUCCAACAGAAGGCUGCCAUGUCUACACAGGGUUCGAUGCCCGAGCCGAUCCUCGCCGAGCCCUCGUACUCCCAGGCUGGAUCCAUGACGCUUCCUCAGAUGGCGCCGGCUCACUGGGACACCAUGGAGUCGAUGAUGCCUCAUCCUAUGGCCAAGUCGCAGUCGACCUCGUCACAGAGUACCGCCACUGGUCACGAUGGCCGUUUGCCUCAGUCAUCCGCGGGUGGCAUGGGCAUCCACAACCAGUUGCCUCCUCUCAUGGAGCAGCAAUUCGGCAACCCAUCGCUCUCAGCACUCGGAACGCCUGGUGCUCUGUCGCCAUUUCCCUCUAUGAUGGGACCUGUAUCUCCGGUCGAUUACCGCCGUUCGCCUGGCCCGCCCCAGGUCUGCACAAUGCCUAAGCCGCCCCAAGUGGAAUCUGAAGAGCAAAUCGCCAGCAUUCUUCAGAACAUCAAGCACUGCGAUAGUGAGGGAGCUCUGCUCGACACUUUUCGUCUCCCUCACGGCGACGAUCUCAAUCGUUACCUGUCGACGUAUUUCAACCUAUUCCACCAUCACCUGCCAUUCUUGCAUCCAUCCUCGUUCAACCCUGCGCACGUCUCGGCACCCUUGCUGCUCUCCGUCUUGUCAGUCGGUGCUCUUUACGCCUUCGAGCAAGAUUCCGCAUACAUGCUUCACAUCGGAUCUAAGCUCCUGAUCAACCAGUUCCUUGUCAACAAGGAAAACUUCAGCUCCCGCAAGUGUCCGAUCUGGGCUAUGCAGGCUACCCUCCUGAACAUGAUCUUCGCCAGCUGGAGCGGCGAUCCGAAGGGACUCGAGUGGGCUUGCUCGGUCAAGAGUCUUGUCGCCAACAUGGUUGCUGGUAACAGAUAUGAGCUCAAAUUGCGCUCCGAAGCUCGUCAAGGUGCACAGUCCACUCACCAGGAGUGGAUCGAGGACGAGAGCUGCCGUCGCACUUAUUACGCUGUCUACAUCUUCUUUGGCUUGCUGACCAUGACAUACAAUCAUACGCCUGCCAUCAGCUUUAACGAGUUCGACACACUUGAACUUCCUUCGUCAGAGACUUUGUGGGCUCUAGACGUCGAUCAGAGUGCCGUAUGGUACGAGAGUAUGAAGGCUACAAACAUCAUCACGUUCCAAGAGUCCCACUGCAACCUCUUCCAAGGCGAGCCUGCCCGCUACAGCGCCUUUGCGACCCGCGUCAUGAUCAAUGCCCUCUUCCUCGAAGUAUGGUACCACAAGAGAUGUCCCGAAGCCUUGCAGGACGUCGUGACGGAAUACAAGCUCCGUCUGGCCCUGGAGUCAUGGGAAAGGUCUCUCGACAUAUGUGAACCCGAAACUGUGGUAGUCCAGCUCAGUGCUCCCCACCGUGGACAUCCUCUGAUCUUCAACGCCAUGGCUGUGUAUCGCAAUACUACAGCCAGACUUAUGGUAGACCUUAAAUCAGUACAGGAAGCUCUUCGUUACCACGAUCCUUACGAAGUCGCUGCUGCCAUGACCAACGCAAGAGACAAGGUCAAGCGCUCUCCCGAGAUGCUCAAGGUUGUCCAGGCCUGCUUCGAUUGUGUCGAGGUAGCUGCUGUGCAUGGCAUUCGCUGGGUCGCGCGGACUUCGGCUACCAACUGGAGCAUCGAACACCCCCUCUGUGGUCUAGACCUUAUGGUCAUCCUCACACUCUGGCUUUGGCGCAUCGAGCACGAUGACGAGGUUCCCAAUCCCGAAGAGAUGGCCAUGUACGACAAACUUCGCAACCUAUUCGAUGAUGACUCUGUCGACAUGUUUGGCAAGCUCAGCUCCAUGGUCGCUCGCGUCUGGGGUAGCAUGAUUGACGAAGUGGUAGUCUGGGGCAUCACCAAACUGAUGGGUGAAUCCUUCAAACUCCAUGCUCAAGCCCUUUCUGGGUACGAGAAUUCUAUGCUCGGACAAGAUCAGGGGCAUUCUGUCCCAGCCAUGACCUCGCACAACCUCGCAGUCGCUGCCUACUAA